AUGAGUAUCGAAAAGGGUCAGGUUCAUACAAAUGUUGGCGCACUCAGGAGUGUGGGAAGUCACUUGUCGACAGCAGACCACGAGGUCAACUUGCAAGCGGUCUUGUCGAACCCGUUGUCUAUUGGUGAAGUUGGAACCUCACUCACAGAUGCUCAAAAGGAUUUUGUCUUGAAAAGAUUGCACUUUGACGCUUUGACAUCAUACGACAAUUUGCCAGCUGAAUGUACUUUUGUGUUUGAAAAGAUUGAACAGAUGUCUACCGAAGAAGCAGUGGAGAUCUUGCGCGAGGCCAUUGAGGAACACGAUUCCGAUGUCAAUGUUCCAGCAGAAGAUUUGGAUCUCUGGAGGGAAUUGGUCGAUUCUCCACCCAACUAUGACAAGGGCUCGUCAAGCAAGGAGUCCAUUGAGAUUGAUGGCAAGGGUAUACCAGUCAAGGUACGUCACCUUGCAGACCAUCACGAAGUAUACGAAGGUCCCGCAGUUGUCGACUGGAGUUUACAAGUCAGGUUGGAAGCCGUUUUGAUUGCUUACUGGUCCCCUUACCCGGAAGUUAGAUCUGUUACCUAUCCGUUUGACGACCCAACCAUGUAUGUCGAAACAGUCAGAGUUUACAUUUUGGGUAUCGUUUGGACAGCCAUUGGUGCCGUCAUCAAUCAGUUUUUUGUCGAACGUCAACCUGCAAUUUCGCUUUCCAUGAGUAUCGUGCAAGUUUUCUUGUACCCAUGUGGUUUGCUUUUGGAAUGGACAUUGCCCAAGUGGAAGUUUAAAGUGUUUGGCCAAACCGUUGACUUGAAUCCUGGUCCUUACAAUUACAAAGAGCAAAUGCUUGCUACAAUCUUUUGCGCCGUGACGGGAGGCGACAGUUCCUAUGUCCACUAUAACAUUUUGAUGCAAAAGUCGGAACUAUUUUACGAUAACAAGUGGGCUGACUUUGGAUACCAAGUGUUGUUGAUCUUGUCCACCAAUUUCAUGGGUAUUGGGCUUGCAGGAAUAAUUCGUAAAUUCUCGGUUUACCCCGUCAAGGCAGUUUGGCCCAGUAUCCUUCCAGAUUUGGCAUUGAACAGAACCUUGUUGAUGCCAUCAAAGAAUGAAAAUAUUAAUGGCUGGAAAAUCACCGGUUACAAGUUCUUCUUUAUCACGUUUGCUGCAAGUUUCCUUUACUUUUGGUUGCCCGACUACUUGAUGCAAUUUCUCAGCACGUUCAACUGGAUGACCUGGAUUGCUCCUGACAACUUGAAUCUCGCUGCGGUUACCGGUUCGAUUGGAGGGCUCGGUUUGAACCCUGUCACUUCAUUCGACUGGAAUAUCAUUGGCUUCAAUAACCCAUUGAAUAUCCCAUUCUACAGUCAAAUGAACACCUUUGCCGGUAUGGUGAUUGGUUUCUUCUGUAUUCUCGGUGUUUGGUACUCCAAUUACAAGUGGACUGGAUACUUGCCAAUCAAUAGUAACGGUCUUUUCACAAACAAGGGUAAAUCCUACAGUGUUCGUGCCGUGGUUGACAAGAAUAGUUUGUUUGACCAGGAAAAGUACGACAAAGUUGGCCCACCAUUCUACACUGCUGCUAACUUGGUUCUUUAUGGUGCCUUUUUUGCCAUCUAUCCUUUCCAUUUUGUCUAUGAGUUUGGUAUGCAAUAUAAGCAAAUGUUUGACGCGUUCAAGUCGCUUGGUGCCACUUUUAAAAACUUGAGAGCAUCAACCUAUGAGGGAUUCAAGGACCCUCACUCGGUGAUGAUGAGAGCGUACCCCGAGGUUCCCGAGUGGGCUUUUAUGAUUGUGUUGGUGAUUUCCCUCGUGUUGGCCAUCAUCUGUGUCAAGGUUUACCCAGCCCAGACUCCGGUUUGGGGUAUAUUUUUCGCUUUGGGAAUCAACUUUGUCUUUUUGAUUCCAUUGACAACUGUCUACGCCAGAACCGGUUUCCAGUUUGGUUUGAACGUCUUGGUUGAGUUGAUUGUCGGCUACGCUUGCCCCGGUAAUGGAUUGGCGCUUGCCUUUAUCAAGGCACUUGGCUACAAUAUCGAUGGCCAAGCGCAAAAUUUCGUCAACGAUUUGAAGCAGGGUCAUUAUGCCAAGCUUCCUCCACGUUCAUUGUUUAGAACACAACUUCUCAGUGUUUUCGUUGCCUCGUUUAUCCAGUUGGCUAUUUUGAACUUCCAAAUCACCGGUAUCAAGGACUACUGCGUGCCAGGCAACCGCCAGAAAUUCACCUGCCCAGGAACAAGAACUUUUUACAGUGCCUCGGUCUUGUGGGGUGUCAUUGGUCCAAAGAGGGUGUUUAACCACUUGUACCCAAUCUUGAGAUGGUGUUUCCUUAUCGGUUUCCUCCUUGCAUUCCCCUGCAUUGCACUCAAGAAAUGGGGUCCAAAGAAGUACUUGAGAUCAUUUGAACCAAGUAUCAUUAUUGGCGGUUUCUUGAACUAUGCACCUUACAAUCUUUCCUACUACAUUCCUGGCUUUUACGUGUCCUUUGUCUUUAUGCACUACAUCAAAAACAAGUACGAGGCUUGGUGGCAAAAGUACAACUAUCUUCUUUCCACUGCCCUUGGUGCAGGAGUUGCAUUUAGUUCUAUUAUCAUUUUCUUUGCUGUGAUGUACCACGAGAAGGACGUCAACUGGUGGGGCAACAGCGUGAUGUAUGAGGGAAUAGACGGUAACAUGGUUGGUCGUUUGAAUGCUACUGAACUGGCUCCAGAUGGCUACUUCGGACCAAGAGUUGGACACUUUCCAUGA